AUGAGCCCUCCAGGAUAUUGCCGAUCAUUUCGCCAGCUGCCCCGCCUCGUGCUCGAGCGAGCCAAAGACCACCACCUGGAGCCUUUCCCCAAGAGGGUGAUUCUCCUCGAGGACGGCGAUGUCCUCACGAUAGGCAGUGCGAGCGGCAGACGCCCCGCGCUGGCCAACAAUGCGCGGUUCUCCGGCAGUCUGGACAAGGACCACGCCGUCAUCCGCAGCGUCAGGCCUGGAGCACUGCAGAUCUGCAAUACGAGCACAACUCACGGCGUCGUGGUGGAUGGGCUUCGGCUUUCCUUUGGUCAGAAAUGGCGCUUGGAGCAGGGCUCCGUCAUCACGCUCGAAGACGAGAGCGACCUGCUGUAUCAGCUGAAACCAGUCAAGAUUUCGGUAUUCUGUAUCCCAGGCACGGGCGGAUAA